CACUGAGUCCGUGAGUCGUUUAGUCAUUACCGCCAUGUCUGCCGAACCACUUGUGCGAUUGUUUCACACAUUAUUUCUUCGCUACAAACGCUCUCCAAUUAAAUGAAAGAAAAAUGCAAGAAAGGUUCAAAUCUAACAUUUUCAAAAGAAGAACAAGUGUUGCUUGGAAAUGUUGGGUGUCAAAUCUUUAUCUUGUCGCCGAACUUCGACGUCUUCCACUGCGCCCACGUUCAGCACCGUUCGUGUUCCAUUGGAUGCAACGAUGGCUCUGUCUGCGUUUGCAAAACUUGUUAAUUUGCUGGGACUGGUAGAGGAGCCUUCGGCGAUGGAAAUUUAAUCAGGUAACAAUCCAAAUCCUGUGACAGCGAUUUGACGAAAUCCUUGAGUGAUUGAAAAAACAGAGCCAGUUUCCGAUCCCUUUUGUUUUCAUCUUAAUCCUCUUUGUUCUCCCUCUCUCUGGAUCCUCUCAACAACCAAUCUCCCUCUUCGUCUACUACUAACGCACUCGACAUGUUUCCAAUUGGCUGCACCUUUGCGCUCAGCUGGAUCCUCCUAGCAGGACUGACGUCGGGAGAACAGUCGGCUGGUGCGAGUAUCUGGCUGGCGCCCAGCAACCCGACGGUGGCCGUCUUCGCCAAUCAGAGUUACUUCGUCUCUUGCAAAGCUCCUGGCGCUGAAAAAAUCGUCUGGACUAAAGUGGGAGAAGGAGACAUCACGCCCACAUCCGGAAAGAUCCACGUCGAAGAGAAAGAGGACGGAAUGGACCUCGUCUUCGAGACUAUACGCAAGAAGAACCAAGGAGACUAUUCCUGCAGGGCCAUCAUCCGAGGCCAAGAAGUGGAAAAGAAAAUUACGCUCUCCGUCUUCAAGCCACUUAGCUUCGGAGAAACGGCCAGCGUUCAAUACGCCACCGAAGGAUUGGACUUUACCAUCCGGUGUGACGUUGGAGGCGAUCCUGUGGUCACGACGACGUGGAAAGUUCGCGGCCGAUCCCUUCGACCAUCGCCGCGCCAUAAAGUAAUCGAUAACAAUCUAAGCAUCAAAGAAGUGACGCUGGAUGAUGGCGGACUUUACGUCUGCCGAGCGACGCAAUCAAACCCAAUGAUUGCCGAUUUUCGAGAGAUGAACAUCACUCUGAAAAUUCAACAUGAGCCGCGCUGGUUCAAGGAUCACACGAAAGAGGCUUACGGUUUUAUUGGAGGCACAGUCAACAUGACUUGCUCCGCCGUGGCAGAGCCGGGUGCCGAUUUCAUUUGGAUCAAAGAUAACAGGACGCUGCAUCCAAGCGACGACGUCCAAAUCUUUAAUUCCGAUCAUCACAGCUCGCUCCAGCUCUACAUUUACGACGAGUCCGUCUUUGGUGAUUACGAGUGCAGAGCCACCAACAUGCUGGGCACCAUGGCCCGCGUCAUCGUUCUAGAACAGGCUACCAAACCAGCAGCCCCCACUUUCAAAAUCAAAAUUACACAUCCGGAUAGCUUCGUUUUGGAGAUUGAAGAUUCGGACGUGGUCUCAGAUCGGGGUCAGGACGCCGCAGCUCGCAAUCCAAUGGACGUGACCGGCUACGUGGUGCAGUUCAAGCAACCCUCCCUUGAGUGGAGCCGGGCACAAGAGAAAGAAUUCGAAAGAAUGCCCAGCCAGCCGUACAGAGUAACCGGAAUGCAGCAGGAUACCUCUUAUGAAGUGAGAGUUGCGGCACGUACUGCGGCCGGCACUGGAGAUUUCACCGACGUUCAAGUCGAGAAAACGAAGAAAAUCGUGGCAGCAGCGGUGCCCGUCCUCAAUUCAGCGCCAGCCCAGCAUCUCGUGCUAUGUCACUCGCUCCUCACUCUAUUGAUCGCCGCUCUUGCGUCCGCCAACAUCUACAUCUAAAUAGGAAUAGCUAGCCCAAGUAAACCCAAAAUGGAAAAAAAAAAGGAAAUGAUUUUUUUUUCUCCAUCUCUUUAUGCGCUCCAUCCUCCAAUCUAGAAAAACCAAACAACUAUGCUAUAAAUAACCGUUUAUUCCUCUUUGUUCAAUAUCCUUCAUUUUGAACUUUUCUAUCAAAAAGAAAUUGAGGGGGGGAGGGUAUCUGAAAAAGUCCUGUGAGGAGUUUUGAGUUCGAGAACUCCAUUUGUUCUCACAUACUUUUUACUCGUCUCAUUUCUCAAUCAGUUUGUAAAGAAAAGAAAAAAGGCAAAAAAGAAAAAAAAAAACGUAAAAUGUAACGGGCGCCGAUAUUUCUUUUUGAGUUACAGAGAAUAAUCUAAAAAAAAAAAAGAAAUAUUAGGGUCGGAAUUGAUAAUAUCCAUAAUAGAAUCAUGUACAUAUUUUCCUUUUUCUCUUAUACCUUCAGUUCUAGAAUGUUGUACGCUUAUUAGACUGUUGAGUGGCGCCUCUCUCUUAGCUCCCUCUUCCAAGUUCCUCAUCUAUUUCUAUACCUCUUCAUCUCUCUUUCUCUAAGGCUUUACGUGUGUGUUUACCGUUUCCUUAAAGAAGCCCCACAGGUAGAUACCUAUAUCGAAUGGCCAGGAUUUAGACAAGUUAGCCCCAGUCCCUUCGCUGUUUUCAAUCCACCCUUCUCCGCUCAGUCUUUGAUAUUACACGUAGGCUUUUGACGCGUUCCACGAUGACAUCCCUUUGGUUUUUGUAUUUAAAAGUCAAAGUUGUUACUGGUGUGGAAGGAGAAAGAGAUAGGGGGGACAUAACGUUCACGUGACUAUUAAUCCUUCUCAGCUUGCUUUCGAUAUGCGAUGAAACUGAUCCCGUCUUGAAGAUUCAACUCGUGCUUUUAAUUCUAUAUCGGAUCGAGCGGGAUGUUAAACCUUAAAUUGGUUUCUAUUUCAUUUGUUUUAACUUCUCGUUUAUAUUUUUGUGUUUUUUUAUUUCUGCAGAAAAGAACCGACAGUGGUGUGGAUGAUGCAAAACAGUUGCAUAUGGUAUUGAACCAGAUACUCAUUUGAUAAUUUUUUUUUUUUUACUCGCGAAUCUUGUAUUCUUAUGGAUCGAUUAUUUUAUGGCGGUUUAUUUAUGUGUACGUCAAGCAUUUUCCUCUUGUGUUUCCAAUUCUCACACUUCCGGCUGUACACCACGUUUUGAUACUUUUGGGUUCCCAUUAUCAUUAUAUUGCGUGUAGUCUCUUUAAUUUUAUACAAUUAGCUGUGUAAAAAUUCCGUGAUGCCAAACAUACAACUGUCAUCUAGAA